CCCGGGCUAAUUCAUAUUUAAAUACAUCAGAAAAUGUAGAUUCCUCUCUGAUCUACACAAUUGUUUUCGUUUCCCCCUCUUCCUUACUGUUUUUUUUUGUAAUAAAAAGUGCGUUCAACGUGAUCAACGUGAUUGAAAUGAACGAAAUGUGAAUUUGAAUGAAUUAUUGAAUUUAAAGAAAAAAAAUAUUUAAAAAAUGUCGAAUAAAGAAGAAAUUGGUGCAGCUGAAUGGAUUCCUAAGGUUAAUGUUGAUACAAAUGAAUAUUCUAGUGAACAAUAUGAAGGUUCCAUGGACAAGUUAAUUCGCAAGUGUAAAGAAAGUCCUGGUGUACCUUUGGGACUUUUGGCAACUACCAGUGCUCUGACUUAUGGUCUUUAUCAAUUUAAAAAAGGCAAUAGUAUGAAACAACAAUAUGCCAUGCGUGCUAGGGUUACUUUUCAAGGAUUAACACUUGCUGCGGUUGUAUUCAGUCUUUGGAUUGCAAGGGCAAAUGACAUGAAAAAAAGGGGCGAAGAAAAAUCUUGAAAAAAAUUACUGACCGAUUUUGUCUAAUUUAUGAUAAAUAGUUACAUGUACAGCAUAAAUAGGACCUUAAGCCAUUGUAUUAUUUAUAAAUAAAACAUAACUGUUUUAAUAAAUUAGUAGGAUUUUUAAUAUUUCAAA